AUGCAAGAAUCAAACUACAUAAGCACCGAGCCGAGCUCAUCAUUCAAGCAAAACAGAGCCUUGCUAUCUCCAAUUGAUUUUAUCCCAGCCCAGCGAAGAGGUUCCGACUCAGAUAUUUCUGAAGAAACCUCUAUGAAGAUCUCAAACCGAGACUCAGUCGAAUCAGUCGAAAUCUUAACAAUUACUCCAAAACUCCCAUUCCAAGUGACACACAGCAGCUUUAAUGCAAGAUCCCCAAACAGCCCUUUCCGUUGCCGCAUCUGUCUUGACGCAUCUAAUUGAGAAGAUAUGAUAUCCCCUUGUUUAUGCAAAGGAAGCGUCAAAUAUGUCCACAAGCAAUGCUUAGAACAAUGAAUAAGAUACAGCCAAAAAACACCAGGGAGUAAAAAUAUCUGCGAGUUAUGCCAUACAGAAAUUGCAUUAAAAAUUGAAAAUGCUACAAUAGAGGCAGAUUAUGAGUUUUUUAGAGACUUUAAGCUGAUAAUUCCUAUUGUUGUAGGGUGCAUUAUAAUUGCUGGGCUGAUUUGGUGGAUAAUAACUCAUGCACAAAAGUAUGGGGUGGACUAUAUCAUGAUUAUCUUGCUAAUUGUGAUUUGUUUUGUUUUCAUGGUGUUUUUAUCAAUUAUAGCUGUUAUUUUAAAAACAAAAAUAAUGAAAAUAUUGUCAUCAACAGCUGUCAGCAGAGGACAGAGUAGCCGAGAUGUGACUGAUUUUGAGCCUUCUACUUCAAGAAUUAAUAUAUAA